AUGGAUCGGCAAUUAUUCCCUUUGCUAUCUUCAUUUCUUCUCCUAAUGCUUGCAACGAAGGCUCUCAGAAGCCAUGCGGAGACCACAGAGCUCAACCAAAGACCAUACAUCGUGUACAUGGGAGAAAAGCCAAGCGAAUUAGUUGGCCUGCCACCAUUAGCUCACUCAGAACUGCUCCAGAAAGCAACUGGAUUAAGCAACGAGGAAGCGACGAAGCGUCUGAUAUAUAGUUACACCAAGAGUUUUAAUGGCUUCGCCGCUAUGCUGUCCGAUGAAGAAGCAAGGAAGUUAUCUGGCAUGGAAGAAUUGGUUUCUGUGUUCCCAAGCAAGCAAAGGCAACUUCACACCACAAGAUCAUGGAACUUCAUGGGUUUUCCAUCAAGCGCUCCACGUCGGCCCUUUGAGUCAGAUCCGGACCUAACAGCACCAGGGGUUGAUAUUUUAGCGGCAUGGUCUCCGCUUAGUAAUCCUAAGGUACCAUAUAACAUUAUAUCAGGCACAUCCAUGUCUUGCCCUCAUACAACAGGUGUCGCCGCUUAUGUCAAAUCAUUUAAUCCUACUUGGUCUUCAGCUGCCAUAAAGUCUGCUCUUAUUACCACUGUCUAUGUGAUGAGCUCAACUAAGAAUGCAGAGGCAGAAUUUGCUUAUGGAGCUGGUCACAUAAACCCACUCGGAGCUUUGCGUCCUGGUCUUAUCUAUGAUGCCCAAGAGGUAGACUACAUCAAAAUGCUAUGUGGUGAAGGUUACAGCACUAAAAAUCUAAGACUUGUCACUGGAGAUCAGAACAGUUGCACUUCUACCAAUAAUGGAACGGUUUUUGAUCUCAACUAUCCCACCUUCGCUUUGCAAGCCCAACAUGGAAAUACCUUUUCAACUUCCUUCCAAAGAACAGUCACUAAUGUGGGACUGUCAAAUUCCACUUACAAGGCGAUCGUGAAUGCUCCUUCUAGUCUCAAGAUUAAUGUUGAACCAAAUGUCUUAUCUUUUGAAGCUCUUUUGGAGAAGAAAUCAUUUUCAGUCAAAAUUGAAGGGGAUGCUCCAACGACCACUAUCUCAGCUGUUUUGAUUUGGAGUGAUGGUACUUAUAAUGUUAGAAGUCCAAUUGUUGUUUAUACCAUCUAA